CAAAUAUAAAUACAUUUACAUAUGCUUGGAAAAUAUGAUUUUUAAAUUUUCUCCAGUCUAAGAAGCUGAGAUGUGGAUCUAAUUUCAAUAAAGAGGCUGUUGCGAUUUUGUUAUCUCUAACUAAAAUGCCAUCGCUGAAACACAAACGAUAACACUAUCGAUAACUUGUCAUCCCCAUGCAGAAAAGCAAGAAUGUUUAAAAAUUAAAACUGAAUGCAAAACAACUGUUUUUAUCAGAGGAGCAAGUGUAAGAACACGUUUGGCAUCACGCAUGGUGCUGUUUUCGCCGCUUCCGUUUACCAAGCUGCUAUCGAAAACAUCAAAUACCACUUCCAUUUGCUGCUGACGCAGAAGAAGAAGAAGCAGCAGAAGAGCAACAAAAACAACACGAGCAGCAGUCCAAAUUGUUGCGUAUUGUUUUUUUCAUUUGCUGUCGAGAACGGAUUUCGUGCAAAUUGUGGUGUCCAGCAUAUGCAUAACUUAUGUCUGAUAAAAGUGCGAAGGAAUCAUGUAUCAGUCGUAGUGCGAUCUGCAGCAGCAGGCGCAAAAGAAGAAAGUGAGGCGUGGAGUGGAGGAGCGAUCGAAAAUCAAGCAACGUAUAUAUAUUGAAGCGCUAGCAGGCACGCAACGUGUUCUGACUGCCAUCAGUCAACUCAACGAGCUGUGUUAAACAAUGUCCCAUGGCGAGGAUGUGCUAGACAACUGGGAAGAAAUUGACGAGGCAGGGCUCUCGACGACAUUGCAAACAAAAUUGCAGACAAGUGACGAAAGGCCCGCUAACAAAAUGAAAUUGCUCCAGCGCCCGCAGAGUCUCCAGGAGAGCAAUGCCAGCGCCAGUGCCAGUGGCGGCAAUCCACCGCCUAGGCAAAUAACUAUUGCGCGAAAACCGCCUGUGACGGUGCUAGAGGCUGACCAGCAGGCCCAACCCGUGAUGAUGGUGCUGCACAAAUCGUCGAACGAGUACGAUGCGGCCACCUACGCAACUCCGACCAGUAAUCAGACGGUAAAGAUUCUGCGACGGCCGGCGCAGGCUGAAGAGCGCAGGGACACCAACGGAGUGCGCCCAAAACAGCCGAUUAAAACGCUCAAGCAGCGCGAACAGGAGUAUGCUGAGGCCAGGCUGCGUAUUCUGGGUGCGGCCAAAAAUCCAGAGGAUGAUAAACCACCCGCCACUAGCACCCCAGCUGGUAACAAUAGCACUGCAGCUUCCGUGGCCGCAGUGCCACCUGCCACUCAAGCUGCAGCCAGCAGCAACAACAAUGUGAACAACAACAACGGCAGUCAUCCGGCCUCUGGAAUGCACCGAUCGAGUUCGGCACCCAAGAUGUCUCAGGUGUCACCCAUGUAUAAUAACUACAACAGCUACUUUCCGGGGCCGCACAAUCAGCCUGGUCUGAACUUUUACUACCCGCAGCAGCAGCAACAACAGCAAUCGCCUUCGAUUCAGCCGCAUUACAACCAACGUUUGCCGCCAUACGGAGUUGGCGGAGGGCCUGUGGGAGGCGGUGGGAUGUCGGUCCAGGCGCCGACACAGAACGUGCCAAAUUCCCAGCAGAGCUGGUCGCCCGUAGUUGGUGGCAGUGUGUCGGCCGCCUUGCUGCGUCAGCAGUCGCUGCAAUCACCACAGCAGCAACAGCAGCAGCAGCUUGCUCAGCAUUCGCAUCCUUACAACGACAAUGUCCUUCGACUGCCUAGAGGUCCUUGUCCAAACGGAUCUAUUGGCUUCCAGAUGCGCCGGUAACAGACUGCAGCAAUGGAACGUGGUGUCUCUAAUUCAACAGCUUCUAUUAUCAUCUUGGUACAUUGAUUCCAAAUGCAUGUUUUUAUAUAAAACACCACUGAAAACCACCCAAACAAUUCAUUUUGAGAUUCUGUGGCAUUAAACAUUGUGACGUUUACGUGUUGCUUUAUCCACAGGUUGAACACAAGCAUCAACAAAUUAUCUAAAACAAAUUUUAUGACGGACUAUGGUAGAUAUUUUGUAAAUUUACAACUCACACCACACAAUUUUGUAUAAUGCGUACUAAUAAAAUAAAAUUAUUAUUUUAAAAUA